GUGUGUUUUUGGCGCGCUGUGGCCGGCAUCUCUGUGUGUGUAUGUGCGUGUGCGCAUGCGCGUAGAGGGACUCGUGUGGAGGGUUGUUGCCUUUAAGAGCAUCGAAGAAGACCUCUGUUGUGUGUGGAUGACAUUUGUGCCACCGGUUCAAACAGCAGUAAUAACAUCAGAUCCAGUUGGCUUGUUUUGAAACAGGACCAGAGAGGGAUCCUUUCCCUUCCUCGCUUAGUCUGUCUGUUACUCGUGGGCGGAAAAGAAGGCGUGUUGAGAAGUCAUGGGAAAGAAGAAUCAGAACCGUGAGGAUGAUGAAUCUGCGUCCUCAGACGAAGAAGAAUAUGUGGUGGAGAAGGUCUUGGACAGGAGGGUUGUAAAGGGCAGAGUGGAGUACUAUCUUAAAUGGAAAGGAUUUUCAGAUAAACACAACACGUGGGAGCCAGAAAAAAACCUUGACUGUCCAGAUCUCAUCUCCGAAUUCAUGAAGACGUACAAAAAGGGUGGCAGUGGUACGAGUACUCCAAGCAGUGGGACCAAACCCUCCAGCGCAACUCCCUCUCGUACCAAAGAACCUGGCAGCAAGAGGAGAAACUCAGACGAAGAAGAGGAGGGCGGCAGCAAGCAGAAGCGGAAAAAAGAGGACGAGAUCCUAGUCGCUAGAGGCUUUGAGAGAGGUCUGGAGCCGGAGAAGAUCAUUGGUGCGACCGACUCUUGUGGGGACCUUAUGUUCUUAAUGAAGUGGAAAGACUCGGAUGAGGCGGACCUCGUGCUCGCGAAGGAGGCCAAUCACAAGUGUCCCCAGAUUGUCAUCGCUUUCUACGAGGAGCGUCUUACUUGGCAUGAGGAUGGCGAGAAGAAGGAGAAGGGUGCUGCAGCUGUGUAAGCAUACAAUUCCCCUCCGAGAGACAGACACGAGUGCACUCACAAUCCGUCCUUUGUUCCGGACCAUUUUCAAACCACCACUGGCAUUGGCCUCCUGGCAUUUGAGGUCUCUUCCCACCUUCUUUAGUCUCUUUUCAUCUCCCGUAUAAAUGGCAACUCUUUAUCAAACAAUGUCUCAAGUAUUGAGGAAAGAGCGAGUAAUUGAGAACUAUGCCAUGAGCUUGAGGAUUGGAGAUGUUAAGACUGAUGGAAUCACAUGGAUAGUGUUUUUAACCUGUUAUUCUGACAGAGCUUCACUUCUUUUUUUUUUUUUUUUUUUUUUUUUUUUUUUCAUGAUUUUACGUAUGUGUCCCAAUUGUUUUUUUUUGUUUUUUCCCCCUGUGUGUAUGUUUUGACUCAGUCGUAUAGAGUCCAUUCAGCAGUCGGUGAAAUGUAUUGAGAUUGUUGAUAUUUCUGUUGGUGUUUUUAUCAGAGGUUGUUCUGUAUCUGCAGUGCUGGAUUAGUCGCCCACAUCAACAAUCAGUCUCUCUCUCUUUGUCUCUGUCUCUCUCUCUCUGUGUCUCUCAAAACGUGUCCAGAGAAUGUAGGACUACCUUGACUAUAUAUACAUUUCACAAAUCUGGAACUUAACUAGACAUAUGCACUGAGUCGAUUUUCCCCUUCACAAAUCAAAUUUUUUUUUAAUCACAAAUCAACGCCUGCUCACGCUCAUAUUGGUGUAUGGGGACAGACGAUCUUGUUUAUUAAUGCCUUCGCAAAGACAUGCGUCCGCGAUGUUCAUAACUAAGUGCUCCACCUUGUGGACGUUUGUCUAGCAUUUACUUUUCUUCCAGCUACUGGUUUCAACGCAAAUGGCUACAUGUUUAAUUCCAUCCAGAUAGAAGUCACGUAGAAGUUAGUCAUUUAAAGACCAAAUGAAAUUAGCUGUCUGUGUGGUGCAUAAAGCUGCAGCCACACCAGGUUUUGUAGAUAAGAUAGAAAGAUCCCCAUAACAAACACUGUGACCUUGUUAGCGUUUGUCACUUCUGUCCUCACCAUGGUUCAGUUCUCAAAGAAGCGAAUCAAGGCUGAACCUGUGCUUAACAGUGUUAUGAGCUCAGGUGUGGAAAUCUGUUUGUAGAGCCUCUGGACGAAUAAAUCCCACCCAAGAAAACAUCCUGACUUUUACUGACACGACAGAGCUACUGAUUCUGCUUUAAAAAAAAAGAAAGGUUGAGCUGUACAUCAUGGCGAAUGUAGUCAGACGAAAGGAACUGACAUUUGUUUUUUAGGUUUUUUUUUCCUCUCUCUUCAUUUUAGCUGUUCUCUCUUUUUUUUUUCUUUUUUUAAAUUCACUUUAAACCUCACAUACUGGUUAUGUUUAGACAGAAAGGUGAAAUGUUGUGAACAGACUUCAGACCAUCAGAUGUGCUCUGGACUGCUAUGAUUUAGAUACUGUAAUGAACGUGUGUGUGUGUGUGUGUGUGUGUGUGGUUUCAAUCCCAAUCAGAGGUUUUUCUGAUUUCAGUUUUCUGGAGGAAAAUGACUUACCAACUGUCGUUACAUACGUCUGUACAUCUCACUAUAAAAUGUACGGCCUGACUUUUUGAAUUUUUUUUUUUCCUCUUCUCAUGUCAUGAUAUUCAUCAGAUACUCAUGUGUUUUCAAAGUAAGAUUUUGAUGUCUUUUACCUAUAGAUUUUUUUAAAUGUCUUGUAUCAAAUUGUAGUAAACCUAGUUUUCCACACGAAUUUGAUAGUUUUUCAUUUGAAAUCCACAAUACUGCCAUGUUUUGAUUUGAUAGUUUAAAGACAGGCUUUAAACGUUUAGCUAAACGUUUGCAUCAAUUACAGGUGAAUUUCAGUUCACAGGAUUAACCUUUCCAGCAGAUGGUGCUAUUCGGCUACACGCUCAUGUACAGACCAAAUCUCAAUGCAACCCAUAAUAUCGUACCAAACUGUGGUGGUGUUGGAUGUUAUUUGUUGAAUUGAUUACUUGUCUUGGUGUAGAGAACUGAAAAAAAAUUUCAUAAAAAAACUAAAAUCAAUGAACCGAAUUAAAAAAAAAAAAAAAAAUUCCAGAGUAUGUAAAUGUAAGGACCAAAAAGGAAUAAGGCUUUUUAUUUUUUAUUUUUUAAAAUUAUUAUUAUUUUUUUUUUUUUAGGAAAUCCAUGAAUGCUUUUCUUUUGAAUUGAAAUGUUUUGCUCUCUCUUCACGCACACAAUCACUAGCGCUACACCAUGACCCAGCAGUACACCGUAUGAUUUUGGUCUUAAUAUAUUCCUCAUGGUAGCUAUUAUUGUUCUUUUUUUGAAGAGCGUUUUAUAAAUUAGCCCCCACACUGCUUACAUGUGAAAUAUCUUAUCGGUUAUGUUUGUAAAGUGUAGAAUGUUUCUGCCGACAUUCAGUCAAAACUGUCAAAUCAAAAUAAAGAAAUUCUAAUAAGACCGA